UUCAUAAUUUAUGCUUUUCUUUAGGCUAAGAAAGCAAAAAGAGCAUAUUAUUUGGAUGCUGGAAGUGUAUUUCUAUUUUCUUACAACUCCUGAUGAAUCCUAUCCAAAAUUGCCAAAAGCGCGAUGCUUAUACAGUUAAUUGUCUAUGACACAAACCUGGUAAAAAACAAUUUCUAUAAAACAUGGAUACGAAAACAAAGAAAUCUAUGAACACAGAGGAAGAGAAAACAAUUGAUGUUGAUGAUAAAAUUGUUAAAAAGUAUGCAGAAAAAGAGCUCUACAGGUUGACAGUAACCAUAUGCAUUCUUAUUGUGAUUUCGUAUGUAUUAGGCUACUUUCAAACAUCAUGUCUUGUGCCAAUCGUUCUCUGUGGUUAUGCCUUAUGGGUAUGGAAAAUAAAAACAAAUCGCAUUCAUGAUUGGUUUUUCAAUGAACACGAAAUGAGAGAGCAUCGGAGAAGAGCUUUAAAUCAAUCUGAAACAGUUGAAUGGCUAAACUAUCUUUUGAAUCGAUGGUGGUACUUUAGCGAUCAGACUAUUAAUGACAUUUUAAAGCGUUCGUUAGAUCCAGUAUUAGAAUCUUGCAAGCCAAAGAUUAUAGAUAACAUUGAACUUGCCAAGUUCACAUUGGGUCAUCGUACACCUUAUCUGAAAUACCUACGCGUCUUUGACAUGUCAGAUGAUUUAAGAAAGCUCCUAGCAUCUGAAGUGACUUAUCGUAAUCCACCAAAAGACCUUCCUGUCAGGCCAAAGUAUCAAGUUGUACUAGAAGCUGAUAUGGGCCUCGAUGCUCCAGAGUCACAGAUGAUCAUUCAGCUAAAGCUAAAUAGUAGAAUGGGGGACACUGAUGUUGUGAUUGAGAAGUUUAAGAUUCGUGGACAGAUACAACUUGUCCUCAUGUUUAAUCAAAAUAUACCAUUCCCACAUUUGGCAGCAUUUUCAAUCAGCUUUUUAAGUCCACCAAAAGUUGAUUUUGAGAUUCGUUUGUUAAAAAAAAUUCAGUUGAUGGAGUUUCCUCUCAUUCGUGAAUGGAUUGCAGAACUUGUUAAUGAUUCUUUAAAAAUAAGUCUUGUUGAUCCUGGUCACGUCACUGUUCCUCUAUGCAAUGACCCUGAGUUGAUGGGAAGGCAAAGUGGAUAUGCUGCUGGUGUUUUGACAAUAACAUUAAAGGGAGGAAUGCAUGGAAAAGCUACUUCUGAUGAGCAGUGGUGUACUGUGACACUUGAUAAACAAAAGAUUCGAACGAAAGAAAUAACUUCAGAUGUGCUUUGGCAAGAACAAGUAUCAUUAGUUGUUCGAAGUCUUCAGUUUGAUAAGUUGCGAAUUAAAAUCAAAGGUAAAAGACGAUUUGGUCCAAAUUAUACCGUGGUGGAAUAUGUUUUACCACUAGUCCGAAUGAAUCUAGAACAAAACAGUGAACAAAAGUUGGACCUGCAAGAUGACAAUAUUGAAGGAUCCACCUUGCAAUUGUUGUUGAACUAUUCAGAACUUCCUUUACUCGAUGUUUCAAAUGAAACAGAUGAAGAAACAUUUCAUGCACAAUACCUUGAGAAAAACGCACAAGAAGAACCAGAUGAGUUAUGUGGUAUGUUAUAUGUCCGUGUGCACAAAGGUAUUAAUUUAAUCCCAAUGGAUAGUAGCGGUACAAGUGAUCCAUAUGUGAUGAUAUUUUCAAACAAAGAACUGGUUCAAGUUGGACAAGUAGUUGAGGAAAGUUUGAAUCCAGAGUGGGAUACCAUGAUUGAAUUUUUUACACUGGAUUACACCCAAACAACAUUAUCAUUCAUUGUCCAUGACAGAAAUCCAAUGGUUUUACCCAAUGUACUAUUGGCUGAUGAUAAUGAUGAUUUUAUGGGCUCCUGUAAUUUUCCCUUAUCCAAGCCGGAUUGGUGUACAUUUAAAAAAGAAUUGGAUCUAUUUUUCAAAUUUAAAGGUGAUUUGAAGAAAGGGAGACAAGAAUGCUUGAAAAAAGUGGGCAAAAUAGUUGUGUCAGUGAUCUUCAGACCAAUCUCGUCAAUUAAAGCAUCUGUGCGACCGACCAUAAACCAAGGUAUGAAUGAAGGAGAACCACUGCACCAGAAACGAAACAAGAUAGAUUCGGUAACCAUGGAGGCUAUAUUACAAUCAGAAAGAGGAAGCCUGACUAUCUGCAUUCUUCGUGCAAGAAAUCUUGUUGCCUGCGAUUUGAAUGGAAGGAGCGAUCCAUUUGUUAUCGUGCGUGUUGGAGAUGCGAAACAAGAAAAAUAUAAAACGAAAAUAGUAUAUCGAACUUUAAACCCUGUCUGGAACGAGCAAGUCACUUUAGCCAUGCCACAGAAACAUCAGCGAAUAUCCAUCGAGGUCUGGGACAAGGAUCCUUUUCGUCAAGAGAAAAUGGGCGUGGUUAGAUUUCAUUUUGAUGACUUGAUCAGUCUUGGUGAAGGUGGGCUUACCGACAAGCAUUGGUUUGAUUUGGAACAAGCCAAGUCUGGUGAAUUGCAGUUGGCUUUUAAAACUGUCCUACCAGAUGAGGAUAAGAGCCAAGGUUUACAAGUUGUUACAGAGGGUGGAGAGCUGGUCAAUUCAUUUUCUUAUGGUAGUGAUAAUAGCGAAGAAUAUUUGGUCCUAAAUGAAAGUCCUGUUGACACUAUUGACAAAAGAAAUAAAAAAUCAAGUGUCGGAAAUAGAAACAAGUUGUUGAAAACACAGUCAAUGCAAGUCGAUCAUGCAUCACUAUCGCCGGAAUAUCAACCGCCGCAAAAAUCAAAAUCCGUAGAUUUAGCUUCACUAAGCGAAGAAAACGAAGAAUUGGCAGUAAGUACGGAACAAGCAGAUGAUCAUGUAGACUUCUCUGGUGAACCGUCCAAAUAUUUUGGAAUCAAUGGAAAAAUCAUUGAAGUAACUGGCUUGUACGUACACGAAGACAUUGAUGAAGUAUACGUCAAAGUAAAAUUAGAUCGGCAUGCAAAAUUUGAGCAACCAGCAAGGAGAAGCAUAUUGAAUCGAAGCGAUCGAAUGUUAUGUCGAACUACAAAUUUAAAAGUUGGGAAAAAAAUAAUCGUCGACGAAUCUUUUCAGACGAAAAGCGACGUCGGUGUUUCCCCGUGUUUGUACUUAGUGUUGGAAGUCAAAAGCGAUAAGAAAGGAAAAGAUGUGAUUGAUUCACGUUCUAUGUUACUACGAAACUUCUUCAGAGGACAAAACCCAGUGACAAGGGUUGUUGAAUUGGAUAACGGCGGCAAAAUGAAACUGACGUUGCAUCAUGUCGUGGAAGAAGAUAAUAACAAUAUAUUCCGAAAAAGAUUUCGCCGUUUUUCUUCGAGAAAAAGCCGUUCGUUAGCCAAAGAGGAAAGUGCACCAUAGUCAAAAUUUCAACGCUCUCCAUCUCUGCACUUGAAUGGACUAUAUCUCUAUGCUUCAGCUUACUUCUGUGAGGAAUUUCGACAUCGUUCAGGAUAAUAUGCAAUUUUAUGUAUAGAAGGUUUAAUUUAUUAGUUCAAAUGUCUUGAACAAUUCAGUUUUGUUAACGCAUUAUCUAAUCUUUAAUAUUUUUAUAGCAUUUUGUUGUUAUAAAUUUUGCUUACAGAGUCUAUCGUACUUUUUCAUGCAUUGUCACGUGCAGUCUAUAUUUUCUCAAGUCAGGGGAGUCACCGCAACUGGAAACACCUGGAAAUUGAAUAUGCUUAUUAAAAAAGGUCCUUGAAAGUUGGAAACAAUUUUAAAUAAUUUUUCUGCAUAUGUUUUGGUUAACUUGUUUUUUUUUUUAAACAUGGGAAUUGUAAAGUUUUUUUCUCAAUGAAAUUUCUGUUUGUUUCAAACCAGCUUACUUCUAGGAAAAGGUAAGAAAACUCUGAAAAUAAACUUGAAAUUCGCUUUUCCAAAAUAGGUGAAUAAUCGGAGGAAAAAAUUUGAUAAUGUAAAUGAUCCUCAAAAAAACUAGGCGCUAAAAUUGGGCGUCUCUGGAUAUCUACUUUGGAGGUACAAUAAUACGAAAUUGCGAUAAAAAAAUAUUUUAAGAAGUAGAAAAACCAUUGUAGUUCUUCUGUGUCACAAGUAACAAUGAAUGGGCGUUUAUCUUGUUUAGGUGAUAAAUUUGGGCGUUUAUCUUAUUUAGCUGAUAAAUUUUGGGGUUGUUUAAAAGGGGCGUUUAUUAGAAAUGAUUUUUUUAAUGGGUUUAUAAAUAAGAGGCGUAAAAUCAGUCAUUUUAGGGAAUCAUCAGUUUAGGGAAUUUUAAGGUAAAAUUUUAACAUUUUUAAUGAAUUUAAUUAAAACUGGUCGUACCCUCCCCAACUCAUACCUAUAAAUUUAUUCGUUUCUUUUCAAGGUAGAUUUUUAUUAACAAGACUAGCAAUAAGCACAAAGAUGCAUUUUAAAACGUAUUUAAAAAUUCUAGUAAAAUUUCAACAUUUUUAAUGAAUUUAAUUAAAACUGGUCGUACCCUCCCCAACUCAUACCUAUAAAUUUAUUCGUUUCUUUUCAAGGUAGAUUUUUAUUAACAAGACUAGCAAUAAGCACAAAGAUGCAUUUUAAAACGUAUUUAAAAAUUCUAGUAAAAUUUCAACAUUUUUAAUGAAUUUAAUUAAAACUGGUCGUACCCUCCCCAACUCAUACUUACAAAUAUAUUUGUUCCUUUACAUUGUUCUUCCCUUCAAUAAUAAAUUUUUAGUUCGAUUUUAUUUUCUAUUCUUUUUUUUUUGCACUCAGAUGUUGUUAAUACAAGAAUUUUUUAGAAAUAGUUAUUUUGUAAGAAUAAAUUAUUUUGUAA